AUGCUUCCGCUUUACGAGUGCUUCCCGCUCGGCGGCUUUCAGAUUCAACAUCAAGCUGAUCGAAGAUCGAUCGGAUUAGAUCGAUGCAAACGGACGCGAAUCUGGAGAAGCAUGAGGCCGAGACCGUCGACGAAGGUAUUUCGAAGGAAAGGAAAGAUACGAAGAACCGAAAGUGGGAAAUGGCCGAGUGUGUGGCCGUGCGUUACGCGAGAUGAACUGAAGACGCGAGAGAAGGAAGGGCGAAAGAGGCGAAGGGACAUUUUCCCUUGCGAUCCGCAGCAUGACGACGACGCAGAGGAAUUCCUUCUGCGCGAGCAGAGGAGCGAUUUCGCGAAUCGCAAAGAGUUGGGCCACGUUCGCAAACGAGUGCAGUGUGCGGAUUCUAAGCUGAAAUUAUUGAUAGAUCGCGCGGUCGGCGAACGUCCCGGUUUGGUGGACGGUGAUUAUGUCAUCGUAGAAUUUGACGCGCCCGAGGGACAGGAUAGACGUGUCUACGCCAACGUGGUUCUUCGCGGGUUAAAGGGCAUGCAUCUACCGGAACUGAGCUCGCUGCGAGAGCGCAGGAACACUUGGAAGUUUUGCUUCUAUCAAGCGGUCGUGGCGUUAUUGGCGAGAACUCAACUCAGAUACAAGUACGCGUGGGGUGCCAAUAUCGAUUACAUCUAUGACCACGCCUGGACACUUUACACUCAUAUCGGCACGAUUAACGUAAAGAAGAAGCAACGUUUGGACGAUGUUGUCGUGUACAAUUAUAAGUAUGACGUCGAGAUUGAGCUGAUUCAAGAAAUGAGGGAUAUACCUGUAGUGCGAAACGUCGAUUUUAACUACGAGGAGAGCGAUCUAAAGAGACAGAUCACGUUACGCAGGAAAGAUCCCUUGGAAGUCAGGGUAGAACUCGGCUGUCAGAAAAUAACGAAUCUAGAAUACGUACCUGUGCACGAAGAAACACGCAGGAUCGAGGAAUGGUUCGACAAGCUGGCUGCGCGAUAUCGCGACUGCAUCUUCCGCACGACCAGAUUCUCGUUGGCCUUCUGGCAAGAUGGCCUUUUCUGGUAUCUCUACAAUCCUUAUCGAUGCGACGAGUUUGGCUACUGGAACGAUAACGGUCGCGCCUGCAUCAUAAAGUUUUGCUCCAAGAGCUCGCUACGGAGACACCUGAUGAUCCUCCUGUUGCGAGCCUACGCCUACCGCGAGAUUCCAAAGUCACGCGAUCCGAAUCAAUCCGAGAUCGCGAGCGACAACGUUUUCGAUGUUCAAAUUUUCCACGUGACCUUUCACUGCUGUCAGCUGUAUAAUCUCAAGUUACUGCAACGCGGCGUACCUGAACCAUCGCGACAACGUAUCGACGAGCGUCCGUCGGAUUCUCUUCUCGAAAUCGAAGACACGACCGAUCGAGAGGAAGACGAGGAGGACGAUCCAAGAGAACCGAGGGAGAAAGUCACUUGGUUGAAGUGUCACCGAGUCACUUGGAGCAGAUGCGCGCCCACGAAGCGAAAGAGCCGCGCUAAAUUCGCCGUUAGCGGCGACAAAGUGGCGAGAUGGCAUCAGUACUACGUGGAGAAACCUAACAGGCUCUUCUCCCUGUGGGGCGAGAUACACAUAACCGACCGUAUGUUCGACGAAGCGAACCGAGGCAUGCAAACGUAUGCCUGUUACGUGGUGUGCGCUGGCAUGACCAGGAUCAUGGCGCCGGAAUAUUGGAGCCCGAAGAUCCUCGACGCGAUCGUCGUGUGCGGCGAUCGCUAUUACACGCGCAGCAAGCACGAGGCCGAGCUCAAGUCCACCGAGACCGAGUACGUUCAGGUGAGCUGCUGGAGCAGGUAUCUAUGCGAUCGCUUCGAGAUUGGCGAUACCUUGUUCGAGGCCAGGAUGUUACCGGCUAUUUGCGGCAGACUGUACGCGAGAUCGCGCGAAUGUCUACGAGGAACGCUGGAACGACUCUUCUCCGAUCAUCACUUUGGCAUCCUGACGUGCGAGAGCGUCUGUCUCGGUGUCUUCAAGUUUUGCGGCGCGUAUUACAUGUGCGACGUCAAUUCAUUUGGCCCGCCGCUCUUUCCAUACGGUCACGGCGCCGCUUAUUUGAUGAGGGCCACGUCUCUCGGUGAAUUCGUGAUGAUGCUUGUGUUGACCAUCGCCUCGACAGAACGUAGUCGAUUCAGUCUAAAUCCCGUGGAAAUUCUCAGAAUUGUCGAUAUCGGUCCCGCUUAUGAUUCUCGCGCGAGGAUGAGUGAAAGAAGAAAGCGCUUUGGAAGAUUCGCUGGGAAGAUGUGUACGUUCGACGAACGGAGGAAGGGAAGGAUAAAAAAGUAGAACUGUAGAAC